AUUUGACGGUUCGGCUGAAAAUGGCUAGAAAGAAGCAGAUAUGGGGAUCGACGGUUUGAGCAGAUAUUUGCGAAAAAUGAGCCCGACUAUAGUUUGAAGUCGCUCCCUCCACAUAACUGGGGAUCCAGCGACCUGUAAGUGCCAGCGUUCGCCCUCUGCUUUGUGUGAGCAGCUCAGUCUCCAUCGAACACGACGACGGGGGAGUGUGGAGAGGGCGGGACAGGACCAGGACCCGGGCGCCACCCAGACACGGGAGGAAGCGGGGAGAAAGCUGUCAUUUAACCGCUGGUAGGACGUGGAUUCCAGCCUUCAAAUGAAGAGUCUCCAGUUUCGCUCCAUCGCCCCCAAGGCCCCGGCCGUGGUGCCCUCCCCCUCCCCAGCGGUCGUGUCCUGCCAGCCUACCUCUGCCCUCCCCGAUGCUACCACUGCCACCAGCCCUAAGUCCAUCAUUGUUCCCACCCAAAACUAUGCACUGAUGCAAAUAGCAGGUCAGGAUGGCACUUUCUCUCUGGUGGCGUUGCCCCCAUCGGUUUCUUCCCAGACACCACAGCAGCAACAAACCCAGCCAAUCCAAAAGAACCUCAAGUUGCCCAUUCCCAGAUACCAGUCAGUAAAAAGCAAGGGGGCAACGGAUAAGGUCAAAAAAUCACCACCACUAAUCGCUACCAGAAUAAAAACGGCCCCCAAAGCUGCUGUGACGCUGCAGACCAAACCUGCGAUGAGUGACGGAUCCAAAAAAAUGAAAAAGCAGAACUUAAAACACACCACGAAGGAACCUCCAGUGGCCAAAGAGGAGCCUUCAGAGCAGCUUCUUUUGAUUGACCCAGCUUCUUCUGAUAUCUCUGUCACUGCUCUUCUCCCAGAUAAUGCGGUUUUGUAUCCCAGCUCUCAGUCGGAGCGACCACCAGAUGGGUCUGAGCGAUCUUCUGCAGCUGGACUUAUUCAGAACCUCCAGUACCCUCCUGCUGCUAUCAAAAGCACCCAAGGCCACUCGCUGGAGAGUAAGACCACGGUGAGGCUGUGCCAGUCGAAGCCCAGUGUAGCCCAGCCCCAGAGCAGUAUCACUGUCCUGUCCCCAGCCAUCUUCAGCAAAGCUGUCCAGAUUAUCCCCUCCCCACCUAAAGGUAAGCUCCCCAUCCUGCCCUACUCUAAGAUGAAGAACACCCUCAUCCCAGCAGCCAAGAGCAACCCUUUGUCCCCAGAGAAGAAAAGCUUCUGUAGCCACACAGGACUCAGUAGCUCCCUAGAUACUAAGUCCAAAACUAAGGAGACAACUGAUGACUUGAGCAAUCAGGUGCCAAACUCUACAGUACAACCUCAAACCAAGACCACACUUGUGUCAAAUGCAGGGAGUCUUCAGAAACCACCAGGCAAGAAGAGAGGAAGAAAGAGGAAGACGAUGGAGGACGUCUUGGCGUUCGAGGCCCGGAAAAAGAGGUCCUUGUCUUUUUUCCGCAGAAGGACCCCAGAGAAAUCUACAGUAGUCGUCCCAGGCUCCAAACAAAAGGAAGUUGAUAUUUCAAAGAAAUAUCGGAGCAUCAGACCCAAGCCCAUGUUGUUAAUGGAGACAGUUCCCCAACUCGUAAGUUUGCCGGCCAUUAGCCCAGAUGGCCAAGAACAGGAACUUGUACUAAGCCACCAGCUGCCCACCACUACUGCAUCGAAGGCCCUCGACUGUGCCACGCAGCCAGGCCCAGUCACCUUCCACCUGAGAGGCGCCUCCCAUCCCAGAGUGUUCGUAGGCAGCCGACCACUCCACCGCUGUCCCACAUGCAGUCGCUGCUUCCAGUUCAAGCAUCACCUCCAAAGCCACAUGAACAGUCACACCAACAGUCGGCCCUACGUUUGUCCUGUAUGUCGCAAGGCCUACGCCCACUCCGGCAGCCUGAGUACCCACAUGAAGCUUCACCACUCGGAGAUACGCCCCCGACGCUCUCUGAGCUGUGAGUUCUGUGAAAAGGCCUUUGGAUAUGUGGGGGUGUACUUCAGCCACCUCAAAGAGGUUCACAAGGUGGUGCUCACUGUGGAGCCGUCCAUCAGUCAUCAUGAGGAGGACAUCGAAGGCAGGAUGGACUCUCCAGAGCCAUUCGAUGAGCAGGACCGUGAAGACCCAGUGGAGCUGCAGAUUAAAUGUGGGCGCUGCCAGGUGAUCACUCCCACCUUUGCCGACAUGAAGAUGCACUUGCUUUAUGUGCAUGAAGAGGAGAUUCAGGUUCGACCAAAUGACGGCCAAGUCGUACAGGGAGGCCGAGGGGCUGAGAACGAGCUGGUGAAGUACGCUGCCCAUUACAGACGCCAGCUCAGUGAAAAACGCAACCUGGUGAAGUGCGGCAGCUGCGAUGAAGAGUUCUUCUCUUUCUCCAAGCUUAAAAGACACAUCCUGUCCCACCACCGUGGCAGGGAGUGGGGGGACAGUGGGGCCGUCUCCUCGCCGGACAGCGCCGGAGAGCACGGCGUCCUCUCAGCAGGUGCAGCCUUUAACUGUGUGCUGUGCAGCCAGGUGCUCAACAGUAAGGAAGGAGUCAUGGAGCACUGGACAAGCCACCACCACUGUGAGCAACCCAACCUGCUGUGGGAUGCCUUGAGCUCCUACUCUGGACAGGAGGAGUGCGAGUUGGACCGGGACCUGGACACUCCUGCUCCCAGCCCACACUAGCCAGCUCCUAGUCACAGUCCAAUCACUAGUACAGGGAGGGAGGGUCUCUCGUGUCUUUUAUCACUUUAUUCUGCUUUCACCAUAAACUAAUAGAGAAAAUAAAACAGGAAAGAAAAUAUCUAACCGAUGGUGAAAGCAUAUCGUGUUAGAAUUCAGGAGGGACAUUCUCUAGGUCAGAGAAUCCAGUUUUAUAAACAUUAUUUUUCAUGUUUUUUCGAUUGCACUGUUCUGAUGUUAUGUAUUUAAUAUCUUGUUGGAAAUUACAUUUUAUUUUUUUCUACUGCUUAUUUAAAUAUUACCUGGUUAAUUUAUAACCUAGCUAAAACUGUUAAAGCCCUUGUGGUAUGUAGACAUGCAGGUAAUUUGGCUCUAUGUGUCCACUGAAACUUCUGCCUCCAUUUUAACGGAAAUGUACAUUUCUGCGGUUUAACACUAAGAGAAGAGUCACGGGAGAGAAAUGCAGCAGGUCCAGCUUCAAACGAGGAAUCAUUUCUCUUCUUAGCAGCUCAGUUCAUAAAGUGUUUUUUUUUUCUUUUAAAUGCUGUGACCUCCACACAGAGAAAUCCCAUUUCCCUCUGGAGGUUUGAAGGCAGAAGUCUCAAAAAGGAUAUGUUUGAGAUGGCUGACAGUUUAAAAGGCGAUAUGUGAAGAUACACCCUUUAGCACAAACAUUUACUGUUUUUGGUCUAGAAAACAAUUCCUAAUACAAUCUAUUAAUGAAGUUCUGUGAUGGGAAAAGGGUUCAGUCAUGACUUGAACUGUCACCGUCUGACUAAUGGCAGUAUUCGGACCCAGCCUGGACCCACCAAGGACGCUUUCCUACCAGCACGAGUGACGACCUCGUGGCCUUCUGAAAAAUGAUGCUGUUUGUGUGUAUUGUGGCUUCUCAUCUAUCGGGUCGUCUGUGGAGUUGUCUCCUCGACCUGACUGUGUUUUGUAACAUGCCAAGGGUCUAUUCACUCUAGUGAUUGUAGAGGUGAGUGUUGCAAUUAUGCUUUUAACCACUGAAAACAGCUUUCAGCUGAUUUAGUAAAUGCUCAGAGGAGACCAACGAACUGCCUACAUGUGGUUUCCAGCUCAUGCAGGCUCCUGUGGAUUAGGUGUGCACCCUUAAUCUAUCAUCAGAGUUAAUUCAACUGUUGUCGAGUCCAGAAAAUAUGCUAUUUUCUAUUGUAGAAGAAUACAGAGAUCAUUUAGUAUUUAUGCUUGUGCCUGGUCCGUAGGGAACCAGCACUGAGGUGUGUGCUGUUUGCUCCGUAUUUGAGGGAUGCUUGUCGUCUUAUUUGUUACAACACGACAAGUAGCUCUCAGCGUUUGUCUGUUUAUCUUUGAUAUGAAGAAAAAAAUAUCACAGGGUUAAGUGAAUGUACUUGAAUGUUUUAAAAGCCCUACCAAAAGUAUAUGCUCCUCUAUAUAGAGUUCUAUAGAUAGAAAACAUAGAUAUAUUGAGAAAAAAACAUAUAUAUUUACAUAGAGUAACUAGUGAAUCAGCUGCUUUGUUCUGUCACAGUGAGAGAAUCUAUCAAACAGAAGCCAUUCAGAGAUGACAAGCGUUGGACACAGCACUGAUGUGUACAUGCUGCACUGAGGCUAAGCUGCAGUCUUCUGUACUACUGUCCAUUGAUGCCAUGAUCAGUGUUCAUCAGUGAACUGUCCUUUGUUUUCAAGGCCUACAUGCAAACCAGGAAUGACGGAAUCAAGGUCAGACUCUUGUUUAGACUCGUCAGCACAAGUGAACAUUUUAAAAUAAGGUUCUAUAAUGUAUUGUGUCGACUGAACUGUUUGUGUUCGUGACUGUACCUGAAGAACCUGGUGUUUAUGAGAAUACAGAUGCUUUGUGGA